UCUAAAGAUGCUGGUGCAAGUGAGGCACCAGACUGCCCGCAAGGUGAAAGACGACGAGAUGCUUGCCAUGUCACCGUGCUUCAUCGCCAUCAGCGGCAGCCACAACCACGAGACAACCAGCGCAGCAUCUCUCAAGGAACUCCGGGUUCUUCCCUCCGUCGAAGCUGCGUUCCACGAUUACUUCAGAGGAGGCAUGGGACCGGCCGCAGCCUCGCGACAUCACCAGCUGAAGCUGGACUUGGCGGCGGACGUGUGGGUCGAAAGAGCCAGAGCCGACACCAACCCCACCGCCCGAGCUGUGAUACACAUACACAACAAGUGGCUGAAGAGCACGGUCGGCGGCUGGAACGACUCCGACAUGUUUGCCGCGCUCGAGAACUUCGCCAACAACACCGACAACGUCGUUGAAGUCGAAGUGGGCGCUAACGGGUCGUUCUGUGUGGCACUCGUCACACCGCUGAUGGCACGUGUGCACGAGCUCCGCGAAGCAGGCGAGGUCGUGUUCGUCGACGCGACGGCGUCUGUCGAUCGCCUCAACACGGCCGUGAUACCGCUGCUGUGCGCCACCCCCAUGGGAGCGCUGCCUCUGGGGAUUGUGUUGACGUCCUCACAGGACGAGGCUCACCUUACCAAAGGCUUCGAGCUGCUGAAGAAGGCACUGGGAGAGAAGGCGUUCUACGGUCGACAACACCCCGAGUGCUUCAUGACGGACAACUGUGACGCAGAGAGGGGUGCACUGCGGAAGGUGUGGCCAGAGUCAGCCCAGUACCUAUGCAUCUUUCAUGUGCUGCAACAGGUGUGGCGGUGGGUCCUGGACAGUCGCCAUGGUGUACCAAAACAGGACCGCCAACGCUACAUGGCCAUCAUGAAGCAGCUCGUGUACGCACCGUCUCCAGAUGCCUUUCAGCUGAUCCUGGAUGGCGUAGAUGUCGCACAUGAGGGCUUCGCAAGGUUGGUUCAUUCACAUUCAACAGUUCAUUUUGAAUACUUUGCAUAUACGAUCAUAAAAUAGCGUAAAUGCUAAGGCCAUUUGCUUUUCAGGUCAAUAAUAUGUU